AUGCACGUAUCAUUGGUCAUCUGUCCUCUGGCAAUGAUUGCCAUGCCUUCUCUAGUAUUUGCAGUCCCGGCUGCCGAACCCGAGCCUGAAGCACCGGCAUUAGCGAAGCGCCCCGUACACAUCGAGAGCAGUGUAACAGGCUUCAAGCGCGAGGCACCAACACUGGUUGUCCAAGUUCCACACACCGAAAAGAGUGCUACGGGCUUCAAGCGCGAGGUAGCGACAUUGGCAAAGCGGCCGGUUCACAUCGAGAGCAGCGUCACUGGAUUCAAGCGCGAGGCACCUACUGCGAGCUAG